AUGCUUCCCUCAGACUUGGGGGUUCACCUACCGAAUCUCAAGUACCUGCGCCUUGGCAUCAACCACUUUACAGGAAGCCUUCCGGCCUCUCUUGCCAAUGCAACAGAAAUAUAUUCUCUAGAUAUCUCCUUUAAUAAUUUCACCGGCAAGUGUGCCUCCCGAGAUUGGAAAGCUUUGCCGGACUUCCUCUCCUUCGACACAAAUCAGCUCACUGCGACAACUGCACAAGAAUGGAAGUUUGUAACGUUCCUGACAAACUGCACACGGCUUCGUAUAUUUGACGUCCAAGACAACAUGCUAGGUGCCAUGCUACCGAGCUCUGUUUCAAACCUAUCAGCACAACUCCAGGUUCUUUACGUUGGAUACAAUGAGAUUUCUGGAAAGAUACCAUCUGGCAUCAGCAAUCUUGUUGGGUUAACUCAGCUGCAGUUAUCCAACAACCGAUUUACUGGGCUCGUGCCUGGAAGCAUUGGAAUGCUAACCGCUGCAAGCAUUGGGGUUCAAGGUAACCAGUUGACAGGGUUAUUGCCUUCCUCCCUCGGGAACUUGACACGGCUACUAAAUCUUUACACAGAGAAUAACAUGUUUGAGGGCCCUAUUCCUACAAGCCUAGGAAGCCUCCAGGACAUAACUAUGGCUACAUUCAAUAACAAUAAGUUCACAGGUCCAUUGCCAACACAUGUCUUCAACUUAUCGUCCCUGUCAGUUCUUCUGAAUUUGGCAUACAAUAACUUCGUUGGCCCUCUUCCACCUGAAGUUGGAAGUCUGACAAAGCUUGCAAACUUGUACAUCGCCGGGAACAAUUUAGUUGGUUCACUACCAGAUGCUAUCAGCAAUUGCCAGAGCUUGAUAGACCUUCGGUUGGACACUAACUCCUUCAAUGGUAGCAUCCCAGCAUCUAUCAGCAAAAUGAAAGGUUUGGCAAUCUUAAAUUUGGAUAAUAACGCACUUUCAGGUGCGAUUCCACAAGAAUUGGGUCUCAUGGAUGGGUUGAAAGAAUUGUAUCUUUCACGCAACAACUUGUCUGGGAGUAUACCAGAAAACUUCGAAAACAUGACAUCGUUGGACAAACUAGACCUCUCCUUCAACCAUCUGGAUGGUAAAGUUCCAUUGCAUGGAGUGUUUAGUAAUGUGACUGGGUUUCUGUUUGAUGGCAAUCUUGCGCUCUGUGGUGGUAUCCCAGAAUUACACUGGCCUCCAUGCCUGCAAAAUUCCAAGGAGCACAGAAAAAGGAAACUUGUACCCAUCUUGAAACUAAUAGUACCAAUUGCUGGCAUCCUUUUUUGUUUCAGUUUGGUACUUAUUUCCAUCUCAUUAAAGAAGAAACAAAAAGCUCAGUCUAUAUCAUUGGCAGAGUUCUGUCUGAUGGAUGACAAAUAUCCCAGAGUUUCUUAUGAUGAAUUGCUCCAAGGAACAAAUGGAUUCAAUACUAACAAUCUGAUUGGCAAAGGAAGGAAUGGAUCAGUGUAUAAGUGCAGCUUGCCACUCAAAAAUACGAUUACUACAGUUGCUGUGAAGGUUUUUGAUCUUCAACAAUCUGGCUCUUCCAAAAGCUUCAUAUCUGAGUGUGAGGCACUUAAUAAGAUCCGUCAUCGUAACUUGAUCAGUGUCAUAACUUGCUGCUCCAGUUCUGACUCGACCCAAAAUGACUUCAAAGCACUUGUGUUUGAUUUUAUGCCAAAUGGAAGUUUACAUAGAUGGUUACAUCUAGAUGAGCAUACAUCACAGCGUCUGACAUUGGCACAAAGACUGAAUAUUGCUGUUGAUGUUGCUGAUGCCCUAGAGUAUUUGCACAACAGCUGUGAACCACCAAUAGUUCACUGUGACUUGAAGCCAAGCAAUAUUCUUCUUGAUCAGGAAUUGGUUGCUCAUGUUGGGGAUUUCGGCCUUGCAAAAGUUCUUCCUAAUCCAGCAAGUGAGCAACAGGUUGACUCAAAUGGCACUAUGGGUAUAAGAGGAACAAUUGGAUAUGUCGCUCCAGAAUAUGGAGAAGGUGGCCAAAUUUCUACAUGUGGUGAUGUAUAUAGCUUUGGAAUUGUCCUCCUCGAGUUGUUUACAGGCUUGACACCUACUGAAGACAUGUUCAGAGAUGGGUUAACCUUGCAAAAGCAUGCUGAGAAUGCAUUUCCAGGAAUGCUCUCUGAUGAAGAAGCUCAUGCAUGUACUUCACAGGGUGUAAAAAAUGCAAUGGGAGAUAUCAACAAGGUCAUGUUAUCUAUCACAAAACUUGCAUUAUCAUGUAGCAAACAUGCACCAAUAGAAAGAAUCAGCAUGAGGGAUGCAGCAGCUGAGAUGCACAAGAUAAGGGACAACAUCGUAUAA